GGUCCUGAGAGCUGCGAGGGAAGACAUUCUUAGCAUCGGGACAGGAAUCGGUGAAGAGCUCUGUCAAAUGCCUCCGUCGGCUAUGCUGUGGACCGCGGGCCUCUGCCUCCUCCUGGCCUCGUCAACCCUCGGGGUCCCACUGAGCAAGCACAGACCAAAGCUGCUGCUGAUCUCCUUCGACGGUUUCAGGUGGGACUACGACCGUGAUGUGGACACGCCAAACCUAGAUGCCAUGGCCAGGGACGGUGUCAAAGCCCGAUAUGUGACCCCACCUUACCUUACCAUCACCAGUCCUUCACACUUCACCCUCCUAACAGGGCGCUACAUCGAGAAUCACGGGGUAAUCCAUAACAUGUGGUUCAACACCAGCACCUUUGAGAAGAAGCCUUACUACCAGACUCAGUUUGUGGAGGAAUGGUGGGACAACGGCUCUCUGCCUAUCUGGAUCACGGCUCAGAGACAGGGUCUAAAAGCUGGCUCUCUUCACUUUCCUGGCACAGCUUCCAAGUAUCAGGGAGAGGUUGCCAUGGUGACGGAUGUGGAGCCACGGUUUUACAACUACAAAAACGAGACAGCUUGGCGAGAGAACACAGAUAAGGUGAUGGGAUGGUUCAGAGACCAGGAUCUGGACUUUGUGUCCAUGUACUUUGGCGAACCCGACAGCACCGGCCACAAAUACGGCCCCGACUCCCCCGAGCGGCGCGAGAUGGUCAAGCAGGUUGACAGAACGGUGGGGUACAUCCGCAGCUCUGCCGAGCGACACGGGCUGACGAGCCGCCUGAACAUCAUCAUAACGUCGGACCACGGCAUGAGCAACGUGUACCGCAACGGCCAGGUGAACGAGAUCAUUCUCUCCAAGAUCCCCGGCUUCUCCUUCCGCGACCUGGCCUUCCAUCUGGUGGACUUUGGGCCCUCUGGGAUGCUGCUGCCCAAGCCAGGCAGGCUGGACAAGGUUUACAACGCCCUGAAGGGGGCCCAUCCCAACCUUCACGUCUACAAGAAGGAACAGAUGCCAGAGCGGCUCCACUUCUCCAAAAACGCCCGGAUCCUUCCCAUCGUUCUUUGGGCUGACCCUGGAUACGUGAUCAACGGGUAUCUGCCGGUUCAGUUCUACAAGGGAGAGCACGGAUUUGACAACGAGGUGAUGGAUAUGAAGGCCUUCUUCAGGGCAGUGGGUCCGGCCUUCCGGAAGAACCUGGAGGUGGGGCCCUUUGAGACGGUGAACAUCUACGCCUUGAUGUGUCACAUCCUGGGCAUCCGGCCGGAGAUCAACGAUGGCCACCUGGACGCCACCAAACACAUGUUGGCCUCUGACGCCAAUACCCAGGAUUUCCUACAAAGUGCCUUGAUUGGACUGGGUGCAGUGGCCGGUUUCCUUGUUCUGGUCUUCAUACUGGUGGUAUCCUCCAAAAUAUACAAGAACAGGAAGGAUGACAAAAGGUAUAGUAUGUCAGAACAAACCUCUGAGAAAGGAAACACAAAACAAACCUCCUUUUGAACAUCCCACAAGGAGCGCUCACUACCCCGUACUGUAAAUCUGGGAUGGGGAAACAACUGCUGUGGACAUUUCUUCUGGACGUCUUCUUCUGGCUGUGUAGGCUAUAGAAAUACACAGAGUGGACUGCACAGGAGCCAGCGCCACUUCCGAGCUCAUUCCCGUUGAAACUAGUUGUGAAAUAAUUCUUAGGAGAUGAAAUGUGCAGGUGGAAUCGCAAGGGCAACAUAAAAAACAAUAGGGCAGAAUCCAAUCAGCCGAUAUUUGCAUCUCAGAUGGGCACUCGUUUAUUUUGAUCAAUCAUGUGUCUGGCUGAAGUGAGUGAACGAGUGAGUAAAUGAGUGAUAAGGUGAGUGAACGUGUGAGUAAAUCAGUGAUAAGGUGAGAGAACGUGAGUAAAUGAGUGAUAAGGUGAGUGAACGUGUGAGUAAAUCAGUGAUAAGGUGAGUGAACGUGUGAGUAAAUGAGUGAUAAGGUGAGAGAACGUGAGUAAAUGAGUGAUAAGGUGAGUGAACGUGUGAGUAAAUCAGUGAUAAGGUGAGUGAACGUGUGAGUAAAUGAGUGAUAAGGUGAGAGAACGUGAGUAAAUCAGUGAUAAGGUGAGUGAACGAGUGAGUAAAUCAGUGAUAAGGUGAGUGAACGAGUGAGUAAAUCAGUGAUAAGGUGAGUGAACGUGUGAGUAAAUGAGUGAUAAGGUGAGAGAACGUGAGUAAAUGAGUGAUAAGGUGAGUGAACGUGUGAGUAAAUGAGUGAUAAGGUGAGUGAACGAGUGAGUAAAUGAGUGAUAAGGUGAGUGAACGUGUGAGUAAAUGAGUGAUAAGGUGAGUGAACGUGUGAGUAAAUGAGUGAUAAGGUGAGUGAACGUGUGAGUAAAUCAGUGAUAAGGUGAGUGAACGAGUGAGUAAAUGAGUGAUAAGGUGAGUGAACGUGUGAGUAAAUCAGUGAUAAGGUGAGUGAACGUGUGAGUAAAUGAGUGAUAAGGUGAGUGAACGAGUGAGUAAAUCAGUGACUUAUUUAUGUAAUUUAAUGUAUUUAUAGAACAACAUUGUACAAUUCAUUUGAAAUGUUUGAAGCUUUGAAAAUAAAACUUCUUUCGACUCGUUCUGUUUCUCAGGCCUUUGAAAAUAAAACUAAAU